AUUAGGGAUAAAGAACAAAACCGAGGAAAAGUUUGCGCUGAUUGCAUCAAAAUACAACACGGUGGCGGAGCGGCAGCAGGCGGCGGCGGCGGCGGCGGGGGUUUUCCCCUUAAUUGUCCAGUUGGCCGCCGGGCGAGGGAAUCAUGGAGGAGAUAAACUGAGUGGAAGAAAUCCGUCGAGAAUUUGAUGAUGAUGAAAUGAGCAAAUUCUUACUCUGCGCACUUGUUUUCUGCUGUCUGACCAAUCGCAGCUGUUCGGUCGUCCAGCUCAAAUCCGUUUACACUUCGUUCCCGGACUCCCCUGCCAGAUUCACUGGAGGAUUGAACGGCAGUGCAAUCUGCGGGGAUUUGCGGUUGGCGGAUCCAAUCGACGCCUGUUCGCCGUUGCUGAAUGAAGUCGAGUACAGCGAAUCGGGGAGUGAGAGGAUUGCUCUAAUUGUGAGAGGAGGAUGCGCGUUUGAGGAGAAGGUGAGGCAUGCGCAGGAUUCGGGGUUUCGAGCGGCCAUUGUUUACGAUGAUGAGCACAAUCAGGACCUCAUUUCAACAGUGAUGGGGAGUUCUGAGGGAAUAUGGAUACAUGCCGUGUUUGUGUCGAAUGCAGUAGGGGAGAUCCUAAAAGAGCAGGCUGUAGCCAAGGGAGGCGAGUGUUGCAUAGCGUCGUUUCUUGAUGAAACUGCCUGGACAGUGCUGGUUAUAUCGUUUAUUUCUGUCCUUGCAGUAAUAACCCUACUGGUUAUGGUCUUCUUCUCGUUCAACCACAGGUGGAAUCAUAUUCAGCAGCCGGGGCCUAUUGUUAUGGAAGGCGAAGAAGUGGAUGUUAUUCCCUGCAUCAUGUAUUACUCGGCUAAUCUAACUGGCCAUGUGGGAGAGACGUGUGCGAUUUGUCUCGAGGAUUACAAAGACAGGGAGAAUCUAAAGCUGCUUCCCUGCAACCAUGUAUUUCAUGCUACCUGCGUGAACUCGUGGUUGACAAAAUGGGCUACAUUCUGCCCAGUUUGCAAGCACGAUGCCCGGGUUGGAAUCGUAUCCUCAGAGUGACCAACCAAAGAAGAUAGAGAGGCCUACCAUGCACUGCUGAGGUUUUAGUUUCUGCGAGAUUCUCUUUCGCAGCAUAUCAACCAGAGUCCGUCAGUUUGUCGGCUGUGCUAAUUUACUAAGACUUUACUAAACCUCUCGCCUGAGAUUAUCACGAGAUUACUGAAACAGAUUUGGGUGAAGAAAAAACAAUGGUACAAGGAGAGAAAUCGAGGCUUCUGGGAGAAGCAUGCAGUUGCUAAAAGAAGCAAAUGCUAAGAAUGUCUACUGGAAAUGUGGCCUUGAAAGCUUGUUGCAUACAUGUAUUUUAAUGCACCUUUUUGUGUUCCAGAAGUUUUUCUGCUGUGUAGUAGUACUAUUGAAUGUUAGUUAUUUAUAUAUUAUCCCAGAAGCAGAGAAAAGCAAAAUUGAUCGCUA